UUUUUUUUAUCUUAACAAAUCACAAUGGCCCGCUUCAGCCUCUCCGUCCUGGUGCUCUGCCUUUUCAUGGCUUUGAUGGCGUCUGCCAUGCCUGUCAAGCGCGACGAUGUCGCCAAUGAAAGCGACUACGCUAUGCAGGGGAUCGAGUCCGCCACCAAAAUGAUGGAAGAGAUGAUUGAGAAAUACAAGCAAGCUCAGGAGGAGGCAAGCGACAACGCCAACGAUGCCUCCGCCGCAACCGCCGACGAGACUGAGAACAAGAACGCUCCGAUGGAGGAUGCGAGCACGACUCCGUCCUCCACUACUCCCACUGAGACGACGCCCGUUGCCAGCGCUGCCGCCCAACCCCCCAAGCCUAGCAAGACUCACAUCGUGAACGACAACCCUUUUGCGAACCUGCCCCUGGUCGGUGGUCUGUUGAGCGGCGGUGGUCUGGGUCUGUGAUGCCCCGAUGGUGCUCGUCCGGUGCCGUCAAAGGCAACUGCCGGAGAACCCAAGUUUUGGUGAUGUUCUGUGUUGUUACGAUGCUUGUAUGAGGCAUAAUGAUUGUGAUUUUUCCCACCUUAGUCUAGGAUUUGCUUAGUAAAGCUCGGUCGGUCG